GUGUUUCCCAUGCCAUAAGUGUAUACUUAGACGACCGUAGCGGUGUGGCAAAACUUGCAUACGUUCAUCAAGUAAUUUAUUCAAAAGUUCCGUGAAAAAAAAAUUGCAAAAUGCUCGACCAAGACGAUUAUGAUCCGUAUGACCGUGAUUAUAUGUACGACGAAGAUAGCCAUACGGGCGAUCCAACUCUUGAUUUGGAAUAUGAACGCAGCAUGAGUGUGCCGAAAGUGCCCGAUAUUGUGAAAAACUUUAUCGAAUAUUUUCGGACUGUAAUCAGUGAGGGUGUUGUUUACGAGAUCCAAAAUUCGUACGAAAACACUUUCCCAAAGUUGAGCGAACAGUAUUACGAUAAGCGUGCAUGGCCGUCCGAAAAUCAAAUCGCCGAUAUCGUUGGAACCGAUGAUGUGUUUUUAACAUUGUAUAAAGAAUUAUACUUUCGUCAUAUUUAUGCACGAAUUCCCGAAGGUCCAACCAUUCAUGAGCGUGCUGACUCAUUUUUCAACUACUGUAGCUUCUUCAAUUUGAUUUUGUCGGCACCGCAACCAUUUCAAUUGGAAUUGCCGGACAUUUGGCUGUGGGAAUUGCUCGACGAAUUCGUCUAUCAAUUCCAAAACUAUGCCCAAUAUCGUGCACGUCUCAAUGACAAAAACGAAGAAGAGCUUAACAUUUUGAAGCACACAAAUCACUGGACCAUUUUGUGCAUUUUGAAUGUAUUGCAUUCGCUGGUCGAUAAGUCGAAUAUUAAAUUACAAUUGGAGGUGUCAGCAUCGGGCGGUGAUCCAGAAUCGGUUGCUGGUGAAUUUGGACGUCAUUCAUUGUAUAAGAUGUUGGGCUAUUUCAGUUUGGUCGAAAUGCUGCGUUUGCAUUCAUUGCUCGGUGAUUACUAUCAGGCAAUUAAGGUGUUGGAACCAAUUGAAAUUCACAAGAAGAAUCAAUACACACAUAUUCCAGCCUGUCAAAUUUCAACAUCUUAUUAUGUUGGUUUCGCUUACAUGAUGAUGCGUCGCUAUACUGAUGCCAUUCGUACAUUUAGCUCCAUUUUGCUAUUCAUUCAACGCACGAAGCAAUUGUACAGCACCCGAUCAUAUCAAAAUGAUCAAAUCAACAAACAAACUGAGCAAAUGUAUCAAUUGCUUACCAUUUGUUUAGUUCUUCAUCCACAAUGCAUUGACGAAUCAAUCCAACAAGCAUUACGAGACAAAAACUAUCACGAAAGCAUGUAUCAAAUGCAAUGCGGUGACUUGGACACGUUCCGCAACUUCUUUAUUUUCGGUAGUCCAAAAUUCAUUUCACCAUGUCCGCCACCAAACGACGCAACCGAAGGUGACUUUGUCAAGCAACCCAUGGAACAUCAAACACAAGUAUUUAUGGACGAAGUUCGACAACAACAAGAAUUACCAACCAUUCGUUCAUACUUGAAAUUGUAUACAACGUUGCCAUUGGAAAAAUUGGCUUCGUUUAUGAACAAAGAGCCAGCCGAACGUGACAUCAACAAUUUAUUGACUCAUUUAUUGUGCUUCAAACAUAAAAUGAAAAAUCUUGUAUGGAGCGAAGGUUCAAGCGGUUUGGAUGGCAAAUUUGUGUCCGGUUCGGAAUUGGAUUUCUAUAUUGACCUUGAUAUGAUUCAUAUUGCUGAUACAAAAGUGGCCCAUCGCUAUGGCGAAUUCUUUAUUCGUAAAAUUUUGAAAUUCGGUGAUUUAAACCGACGCUUGCACAACCUCAAAAUUUAAAUAAAAAUCUGGCAAAUAUCAUAUUCAUAUUCCACUAAUUUGAAUUAACCUAAAUCUUGCAUUACCAACAACUUUGUUCACAAACGGCGAAGACACAAAUAAGAUCAAUAAAGAGAUAAUACAUGCGAUUUAUUGGAAUAAACAA